AACUUGGGAGUUUUAAGUAACUUGCGGCCCCAGCUUGGACCGGAAGUCAGAUAUUCAGACCCCAAGCGCAGGGUUUUUCCACUACAGCUACGCUGUCUCCGACCUGGCCCCAUGCUGGCUGCUCCAGAAGCGGACUCGCUGGGCCGCAUCCUGAGUCUCCUGCAUCAGACGUCAGAACGGACCCAUGUCAUAGAGAGAUUCCUUGAUAAAUAGUUACCAGCUUGACUUUCUGUCUCAGGCAGAGUGGACAGUGAGAGAGAGAGACAGAGAGAAAGGUCUUCCUUUGCCGUUGGUUCACCCUCCAAUGGCCGCCGCAGCCAGCGCGCUGCGGCCGGCGCACCGCGCUGAUCCGAUGGCAGGAGCCAGGAGCCAGGUGCUUUUCCUGGUCUCCCAUGGGGUGCAGGGCCCAAGCACCUGGGCCAUCCUCCACUGCACUCCCUGGCCACAGCAGAGAGCUGGCCUGGAAGAGGGGCAACCGGGACAGAAUCCGGUGCCCCAACCGGGACUAGAACCCAGUGUGCUGGCGCCGCAAGGCGGAGGAUUAGCCUAGUGAGCUGCGGCGCCGGCCUAAAGUUGAUCUUCAGUAUACGAAGGGGCCAGCACUGUGGCAUAGCAGGUUAAGCUGCCGCCUGCAAUGCCAGCACCCUAUAUGGGUACUGGUUCGAGACCCAGCUGUUCCAUUUCGCAUUUGCUCCCUGCUAAUACACCUAGGAAAGCAGCCCAAGCUCUUGGGCUCCUGUACCCAUGUGGGAGACCCAGAGGAAGCCCCUGGCUCCUGGUUUCAGCGUGGCCCAGCCCUGGUCAUUGAGGGCCAUUUGGGGAGUGAACCAGUGGAUGGAAGAUCUCUCUCUGUUUCUCCUUCUCUCUCUAUAACUCUGCCUUUCAAAUAAAUAAAUAAAUCUUUUUUAAAAGAAAGUUUUUCUAAACCCGCAUAUGCAUUACUGAUUAAGAGAAGCAAAAAUGGAGCAGCACUAGUAAGAUCCUGGCACCGUAUUGCCCAGCUCCUUUAGUUACAGCUGUGUGACCUCAGCCAGGUCACCGAGGCUCUCUGUGCAUCAGUAACCUCAUUUCCAAGCAGGGGUAGUGGUGAUCAGGAUAAUAUCACCUCGGAUUAAUCGGGUAAAUGUGAACCACUCAGAACAACACCUGGCACACGGGUGCUCAUAUGUGUGGUGUCUUAUCAAUUAAUUCCACAUUUGAAUAUCUGAGCCUCUACUAGGCUAUGGAAAUUCAGCAAAAUAAAAAAAGAUCUUGUAUUGGGAUAGAGGGGGACUCAGGGUGAUCUCUUUCCUUCUCAAGUUUCAAACUUUGUGUGAUGUGAUAUUACUGCUAAAUUUUUUAUGAAAGGUGUGUUUGGAGUGGAGUGAGCCACUGCCACAGGUUCUCCUUGCCCUCUGGGUGUCCUGGGUCUGCUGAGGCAGCCACAUUCCCCUGCCAGGGGCGUGUCCAGACACACACCCACACAGGCCCGGAUAGCAGGAUGAUAAACAGGGAACACACUCCCCGGAUCACGGCAGCUGCGAGAAGCCGGGAGAAAGCGCAUCAGAACCAGAGACCUUGCCCUGGCCCCUGGGGGCAAGAGUGCCACAGCCCCACUCCCACUAGCCCUCCUGACCCAUCGCCCACCCCGCUUCCAGAAGGGAAGAAAGAAAGAACAGUUUGUUGCAUUGACAGUUGGGGUGUUCUGUUUGGGUGGGGCAAGGGUGAAACCAAAGGAGCACUGAGGAACCUCCAGAGAACCCCAGAGCAGGGAGAGCCAGGAGCAUCCCCUGGGCACUCUGGCCAGCCAGCCUCGCCAGCUGGCCAUUGGCUCUUUUGGGCUGCAAAGGGAAAGGGCUGAGCUGGCCAGCAUGCCAAACCAACACCUGGGAACUGGAAACUCCCUCUGGGAACCAAGGGCUGACCUGGGUUUUAGGAACCCCUCAGUCUUCAUAUUCUUUGAUCUGCACAAUUAACAUUCUCUCCCGUGAAUAAUACCACAGGGCGAAAGGGUAAUGGAGGGACAGGUGUCUGGUGUAGCUGUUCAGACACUGCUUCAGGAGCCAGCACUGUGGCAUAGCGGGUAGAGCCAUUGCCUGCAGGGCUGGCAUCCCAUAUGGGCACCGAUUUGAAACCUGGCUGCUCCACUUCCGAUCCAGCUCCCUGCUAUGGCCUAGGAAAGCAGUAGAAGAUGGCCCAAGUCCUUGGGCCCCUGCACCCGUGUGGGAGACAUGGAAGAAGCUCCUGGUUCCUGGCUUCAGAUCAGCCCAGCUCUGACCAUUGCAGCCAUUUGGGGAGUGAAUCAGCAGAUGAAAGAUCUCUCUCUCUCUCUGUCUGCUUCUGCCUCUCUAUAACUCUACCUUUCAAAUAAAUAAACAAAAGACAUCAACAUCCCAGAGCUGGCUCUGUUUCCCAUUCCAGCUUCCUGCUAAUGCACACCCUGGGAGACAGUAGGUGAUGGCUCAAGUAAUUGGGACCCUACUACCUAUCUGGAUAGUAGGGUGGCCAGAGUCCCAGUUCUGGCUUCAGCCUGCCUCAGCUCCAUCUGUUGCAGGCAUUUCAGUAGUGAACCUGUAGAUAGGAGAUUCUCUCUCUUUCUCUCGCUCUCGCUCUCUCUCCCUGUCUUCAAAGUAAUAAGUAAAAAAUAAAGAAAUGUAAGGGAAAUGGAUAUAAAACCAGUAGCUUCAAGACAAAACCCCUAACACUCUUCCAAUUGAGGGUUUUUUAAAAGAUUUAUUUAAAAAGAAAGGCAAAGCGGGCCGGCGCUGCAGCUCACUAGGCUAAUCCUCCGCCUAGCGGCGCCGGCACACCGGGUUCUAGUCCCGGUCGGGGCACCGGAUUCUGUCCCAGUUGCUCCUCUUCCAGGCCAGCUCUCUGCUGUGGCCAGGGAGUGCAGUGGAGGAUGGCCCAGGUGCUUGGGCCCUGCACCCCAUGGGAGACCAGGAAAAGCACCUGGCUCCUGGCUCCUGCCAUCGGAUCAGCGCGGUGCGCCGGCCGCGGCGGCCAUUGGAGGGUGAACCAACAGCAAAGGAAGACCUUUCUCUCUGUCUCUCUCUCUCACUGUCCACUCUGCCUGUCAAAAAAAAAAAAAAAAAAAAAAAGGCAAAGCAACAGAGAGAGAGAGAAUCUUCCAUCGAUUGAUUCACUCCCCAAAUGCCCACAACAGCCAGGUCUGGUCCAAGCUGAAGCAAAGAAACCAGAAUUCCUUCCGGGUUUCCUACGUGGGUGGCAGGGUCUCACACACGCAGGCCAUCUGCUGCCCUCCCAGGUGCAGUAAUGGGAGCUGGAUUAGAGCUUUUCAACUGGUAGCUUAACUGACUGCACCAUGUCAGCUCCACAGUUGAGUUCUUACUUCCAGCAGGCCCCGCCCCCCUAGAAAUGUGGAGUGGCUACUGCCCCCAGACCACCUUCUUCCCCUGUGUAGGGCCAGUUCCUCCUUAAUCACAAUCACAGCAAAUGUUAUUGUUUGCUGUGUUCCAGGGUUUAUGUGUAUAAACUCCCCCACUAGGGGCUUCUUCCAUGUCUUACCCACCUUUGCAUCUCCAGCACUGAGUGGAUUCCCAACAAAUACGAGCUGGAGUGUGUAACUGAAGCCGGUCUUCCGGACUGCAGCCACACAGAGCUUCUCACCUUUGCCGGAAAACAACUUGCUCUGUCUUGCUCUUAUCUCAGUCUACAGCAUUUUCCCUCCUCCCCUUUUCCAUGUGGUGGACUCCUAUUCACCCCCAAAUCCUAGCUCACCUGCUACCCUCUCUGUGACACUAUCUCCAGUAGCUGGGUAGUGACCACUGCUUUAUCCUCUGGGCUUCGCUGACCACUGUGACAACUCAGCAGGAGCCACCCCUGUGCUCGCCGCCGGUGGCUGUGUUUAUGGGCACACUAGCCCUUCUCCCCUGUGGGCAGAAUGUUUAAUUCUCGGCUGGCGCUGCGGCUCACUAGGAUAAUCCUCCGCCUUGUGGCACCGGCACCCCGGAUUCUGGUCCCGGUCGGGGCGCCGGAUUCUGUCCCGGUUGCCCCUCUUCCAGGCCAGCUCUCUGCUGUGGCCAGGGAGUGCAGUGGAGGAUGGCCCGGGUACUUGGGCCCUGCACCCCAUGGGAGACCAGGAUAAGUACCUGGCUCCUGCCAUCGGAUCAGCGCGGUGCGGCGGCCAUUGGAGGGUGAACCAACGGCAGGGGAGGAUUUCUGUCUCUCUCUCUCUCACUGUCCACUCUGCCUGUUUAAUUCUGUGCAUCCCCGAUGCUACACAAUAGGUGCUCAGGUGUAUGUUGAACAAACCACAGCGCAUGUCCAAGGAUGGGAAUGCAAGAUGCAUACACACUUUGUCCUUUUCCACAAAGGACGACAAAGCAGAGGCCUUUGCUGUCCCUCCUCCCUAAACUGCCCAGUAGCCUGGCGUUAGAUGGGCCCCCAGAUGACCUACCCCUCCUCCUUCCUCUCAGUUGGCCCCUGUCCAGGCUGAACAUGCGGGUUUCCAGCACCAGGGAGGAAGAGUUCCCCUCCAUCCACUCAGUGGUCGGGAAGCCAAGCCUUGCACGCCACCCGCUCCUGUACACACACUGCUUCCUCACCUGAGGAACCCAGCCUUGGAGGCCUUGAAAUGACACUUCUUAGCGAAGCCUUCUCUCACAGCCCCGGUGAGUUGGCACACCAGUUAAGAAUGCUCUCAGUUGAAAGCAACAGAAAACCCAAGUAAUGAUUCUGACACUGGGUUGCCAUUAGAAUCACCUAAGGAGCUUUUCAAAAUCCCCAUCCCUGGACGCAUGCCAGAUCAACGCAAUCAGAAUCUCUGUGGGUGAGCCCAGGCACCAGGAGUUUCAAAGCCUCCUGUAAUCUAAUGUGCAGCCAAGGGGAGAGCACAGAAGCAGGGGUUUGUCUUUCUUACCUAAUGAACCUAGAGGUGGGCGCUUGCUGGUGCUGGUCGAAUAGAUCAGUGAUGUCCAGGCCAACAUCUCCGUGAUACUUUUUAAAACUUCCAUUUACUCUCCUUAUUUGGGAGGCAGAGAGACAGAGAGAGCUCCUACCCACUGGUUCAUCCUCCACAGGUCGGUGAGCCAGGAACUGAAUCCAAAGUGCAUGGCAGGGACCCAACCUCUUGAGUCACAACCUACUACCUUCCAAGAUGCACACCAGCAGGAAGCUGGAACUGGGAGCAGAGCUGGGACUCAAAUCCAGGCCCCCCAACAUGGUAGGCAGCAUCCUAAAUGCUGUGCCAAAUGCCUGACACUUAGCAAUACUCUUGAUUUUCUUUUCUGCUUUUCUGCCUCAUUAUCACAAGAAAGCUGGAGUUCACUGUGUCCAAAGCAGGAAGAAAGUGGGAGAGAAAAGAGCAGAGCCCAGCCCCAUCCUCUCAUGACAAAAAUCAGGCUGUCCCAGAAACGUCAGCAGCAGAGUCUCACUUAGCCGUCACAUCACACCUGGGCCACCUCCAGCUGCAGAGGAGGCUGGACAAGUGGGCACCACGAUACUUUAUGGGUUGAAGGGUGAAUCAGGCUCAGUCCUCAGGGGCUGAAUACACUGUUACUCCCAAACUGCUGAGUGCUUUCAAGCAGGCAGCCAGCAGGUUCUGCCACCUUAUAUAUGUAUAUGCUGUGUGCGUCAUAGCUGCUUGUACGCACUCCAGCUAUGGAAGACACCACAUUAAUGUGUUGUGGGGACAUGUGGAGACAUGUCUAUGUUUCCCUCUACACUGACAGUUCUCAUCUCUGGCUGCACAUUACAAAUACCUAGGGAGCUCUAGAAAGAUAAAAGUGCCUCGAGCUCAUCCAUAGUGAUUUUAAUUUAAUUGGUCCAAAUGAAGUCCCAGCAUAACUAAUUUUUAAAAGCUCCCCAAGUGAUUCUAAUGUGCAGGCUGAGUUUUGGAAACCACUGCUUCACAUCCAGUGCCUUAAGAACCCCUAGGGGAGGGGUUGUGGUGCAGUGUGGUUAAACCGAUUCUCCAGAUGCCCACAAUCUGCAUUAGAGUGCCAGUUCAAGUUCUGGCUCCUUCAUUUCUGACCCAGCUUCCUGCUAAUGCACCUGGGAAACAUCAGAUGAUAGCCCAAGUACAUGGGUUCCCACUACCCCUGAGGGAGACCCAGAUGGAGUUUCCGGCUCCUGGCUUUGGCCCAGCCAAGCCCCAGCUAUUGUGGGCAUUUGAGUGAACCAGCAGACAGAUCGCUCUGUUUCCCUCUGUCUCUCUGGCACUCUGCCUUUCGAAAAUAAACAAACAAACAAACCUCUUAAAAAUGUUUUUGCACCAAAAUAAACUUAUCUUUUAAUUUUUUUUUAAUUUGAGAGGUGACAGAGAGACAGAAAGAGGGUUCCCAUGUGCUGGUUCAUUCCUCAAUUGCCAAAAAUGUCCAGGGUUGGGCAGGGUCAAAGCCAGGAGUCAGCAACACAAUUCAGGCCUCCACGAGGGUGGCAGGAACAUGAGCCAUCACAGCUGCCUCUCAGGGACCACAUUAGCAGGUUCCAGAGCCAGGAAUUGAACCCAGGUAUUUUGGUGUGGGACGUGGGCAGCGUAACCAAUACCUCAACCUCUAAGCUAAACGUCCACCUCACAAACUUACCCUCUAAUUCCAUUCUUCUGUGAACUUUUAGAAGAACCCUCUAGGGCUGGCAGGAAUCCCUACUGAAUGAACGAACGGCAGAGAAGAGUGAGUACCAGCCAGACCCUCAGGUGCCCCCCUGGCCCAGCUGGACGCCACCCAGGUCCCAGUCCACUCCAGGACUAUGCCAAUCUGUGGCCAUGCUCCCAUCAACCAGUUGUCUCCUGUCCCUCCUGCUGCUGCCAUGUGCAGGGGGUACCGUGCCCAGCCCCCAGGUACGUCCUCAGGGCUGCUAUGUGGCAGAAGAAGCCGGUGAGCGGACGUUCCGCUGCAGCCAGGCAGGCCUGAGUGCUAUGCCCACCGGCAUCCCCAACGACACCCGCAAGCUCUACCUGGAUGCCAACAAGCUGAUAUCGGUGCCAGCUGGAGCCUUCCAGCACUUGCCUGUCCUGGAGGAGCUCGACCUGUCCCAUAAUGCCCUUGAACACCUCUCGGGGGCUGCUUUCCAGGGCCUGGCGGGCACUCUGCGCCUCCUUGACCUCUCUGCCAACCAGCUGGCCUCGGUGCCCGUGGAGGCCUUCGUGGGACUGCAGAUCCAAGUGAACCUGUCUGCCAACCCGUGGCGCUGUGACUGUGCCCUCCAGGAAGUGCUCAGGCAGGUGAGGCUGGCGCCGGGCACCGGGACGGGCAUUGUGUGCGGCCCAGGAGCCCGACCAGACCUCGUUGGGCAGGAGUUCCUGCUGCUGGCUGGCGAGGAAGAACUGUGCGGGACAGGACGUGGUGGGGCCCGGCAGAGCACUGAUGUGGCCCUGUUGGUCACCAUGGGGGGCUGGCUGACACUGGUGGUGGCUUAUCUGGUCCACUAUGUGUGGCAGAACCGGGAUGAGACCCGGCGCCCUCUCAAGCGAGCCCCAGUGGUACCUAUGCGCUCCGAAGACUCCUCCACCCUCAGCACAGUGGUCUGAUGAUGGGGGGCCCCACACUCCCACCGUGAGCCUCUGACUCCCUCUGCCUCUUCUACAACCCCACCCAUCUCCUCAUCCCAUCCCACCCUUGUAGCCUCUGUCUCCCCUAAAAACCUGAUCUCUUUCUCUUUCUCCUAACGCCAUCUUUGAUGCCUGGAUUUUGGGGAGCCUACUCUUUGCCUGGAUUGUGCUAGACUCAGAACCCAACACUCCUGGGUUCAUGGUGGUGGGGGAUGAGAGAACAGAGAAUGACGGCAGGUGGUCUGUGUGCCAACAUAGCCGCAGCCGUGGGAGCACUGAGGAGGGAGUCAGUCCCUCGGUGCGGGUGUCUCAAGGCCUUCUCUGCAGACAUGUUUGGACUGACAUUUAAAGACAGAGAGGGAAUUUGGGAAGAAAAGAGGGAGGGAUCCUAGAUGAAAGGCUGUGUACAAAGACAAGGAAAAUAUAAAACAACUGAGAACACCUGAGCAGGGCCAGGACCUCCCUCGGUACUGCUAGAAAGGAUGCAGAGAGGGGCGAGGGGUGGUCAGAAAGUUGGGGUGCCGGGGCCAGCAUGUGGCAUAGGUUAAAUCAGCCCUUGCAGUGCCAGCCUCCCAUAUCCAAGCACUGGUUCAAGUCCUGUCUGCUCCACUUCUGAUCCAGCUCCCUGAUAAUGAACCUAGAGAGGCAGGUGGAAGAUGGCAGGGAGACCUGGGUGGAGUUCCAAACUCCAGGCUUUGGCCUGGCCCAACUCUGGCCAUUAUAGCCAUUUGGGUUGCAGUGGAUAGAAGAUCUCUCCUCCCACCCACCUUUCCCUCUCCCUCUUCUCCCCCCACCUACCUUGCUCUGCCUUUCAAAUAAAUAAAUGAGUCUUUAAAAAAGAAAGGUUGGGAUGCAGCCAGAUUGGGAAAGACCUUGUAGCUUCCUUCUCUCUUCUCCCUCUGCCCCUACCGAGAACUUCCUCUUUGCUUUUUACCUCUCUCCUGUCCCCAGGCUUUCUCCCAGUGCCCUGUACUGGGGACCCCCUGACUGAAGGCCCCCCACUACCUUUCCCAGAGACUCUUUAUCUCUCUGCCCUCUCUACACACUGAAGGAUUCCUUGAACCCUUUCUCUUGGGGAAAAAGUGGUCUCUAGGACUGAGCUGGGAAUGACUGGAGAUCUCGAGGCACAAGGAAGACUCCAGAACUCACUGAGCAACACAAUAAAGCCCCCAUGAUUGUU